UACACCUGAAGCAGAAAAUUGUAGCAUAGAAGGGAUUGCAGCUUGUAAGAGUAGGUGGUGACAGUUGUGAUGGUCUAACAGCUCGUACAUCCUACUGCACCUCAGAUUAAAAAAGAAAAUGAAAGAUGAAAUUGCUGCCACAGUCUUUUUCAUCACAAGGCUGGUGAAGAAGCAAGACAAACUGAGCAAGCACAAAACUGAGAAAUUUGCAGCUAAGCUGACAACAAUACUGUUUGAAAAAUAUAAGAACCACUGGUACCUAGACAAUCCAUCUAGGGGACAAGGCUUCAGGUGUAUACGGAUCAACAAACAUCAGACAAGAGAUCCUGUACUGGAACAAGCUUGUUAUGAGAGUAAUGUGGAUUUUGAUAACCUUGGCUUGCCAAGAGAGAUCACCAUAUGGGUUGAUCCAUUUGAUGUGUGCUGCAGGUAUGGAGAGAAGAAUCUGCCUUUCACAGUCGUUCACUUUGAAGGUGCUGAGGAGGACCGAGAACUCUCUCAACGCAUCAGCCAUGCUGUUGACAAAGCAACCUCAGAUUCUCAUUCUGGCACCUCCUCAGAUGAGGAGGGUUAUACCAAGGAAGCUAAAACUAUCCCUACUGUCAGCAACCCAAACAGUGUCUAUCAGUUCAGUGACUACUGCAAGCUGCCUAUUCAGCCAUGGUCUCGGUAUCCUCGCAAGAAGACCUACACAACCAAUGGACUUCAUCAGGCAAGUCUUUACUAUCCCCAGCACAAGGGCUUCAAAUGCUACUGGCCAAUGGCUGCUUUUUCUGGACCUCGUAUGGACCGAUAUCAUUGGGUGAACACCAACCGAUAGAGCAGUGCCUGCACCACUCUAACCCUGGCUCUUAUGGGUCACUAAAAUACUGGACUCUGUGGUAGGAAGCUUGAUGCUUCCACAAAACCUGUCCAAACAGAAAAGCACUUAAUUCUGCCUUCUCCUGUCUGUUUUAUUUCUCUCUCCCUAAUUUUAUGUACCUGAAAUGUAAAGAUUUUAUUA